AUGCGCUGUUCGCGCAUGCCAUCGUAUAGUAGCCUUCAGAAGGGGUUCUCCAGUAUUCCGACAAAAUUACUGCGAGCGCUCAUGAGGCAGAUGGAGAGCAACGAUGACAUCAUGCUCAAGAAUUGGCCGCCACCGUGCGCUUCAAUCAACAAUGAAAUGGUGUCAACUUGCCCCCGUGACGGACAUGAGUCGCCGCGCAAGCGAGGCCUGCAACAGACGCGGGCCACACUUGGCUCUCGGAGCUUCACUCUGCUUCACGGCGGGCAAUCUAUUUUGUGCCCGUGCAUCCUGACAGAAGUGUAG